CAGUCUUCCCUCAGCUUUUACCAACGUACGACCGAUAACUAUACAGAAAAUGUUGUAAAAAUGUUAAAGUCAGGCGAAUCGAGUCAAAAUCUAUUGGCGAAUAUCGCCGAUGGUGUAUUAACCGCUGGUGUAGGCACGGUUAAUCUAGACCUAGUUGAAAAACCUCUUGGGCCGGUUGAGAAGACGUUUUUGUUGCAUGCUGAACGGGGCGAUUGUGCAACUGUUAGGAAAUUAAUUCAUGAUUACAAGGAUAAUCCGGCUGAAUUAGACAUCAACUGUGUUGAUCCACUAAAUCGUUCAGCGCUUAUUGCUGCCAUUGAGAAUGAAAACAUUGAGUUGAUUCGUUUGCUGUUGGAUGAGAACAUCAAAGUCAAAGAUGGAUUAUUGCAUGCCAUUAAAGAAGAAUACGUUGAAGCUGUCGAAUUAUUAUUGCAAUAUGAAGAACAACAUCAUCAAGCAGGAGAACCUUAUAGUUGGGAAGCUGUCGAUCGCUCAUCGUCAACGUUCACAAGCGAUAUGACACCGUUAAUUCUGGCUGCGCAUAAAAACAAUUAUGAAAUCAUCAAGAUUCUUUUGGAUCGUGGGGCUACACUACCAAUGCCACAUGAUGUUCGUUGUGGAUGUGAUGAAUGUGUGGAAUCAUCAACAGCGGAUUCUUUACGUCAUUCUCAAGCAAGAAUCAAUGCUUAUCGUGCAUUGACAGCUGCAUCGUUAAUUGCGUUAUCAUCUAAAGAUCCGCUGUUAACCGCCUUUGAAUUAUCUUGGGAAUUACGACGUCUUAGUCGAAUGGAACAGGAAUUUCGCGCGGAAUAUAAUGAAAUGCGCGCCUUGGUGCAGACUUUUGCUACGUCAUUGUUGGAUCAUGCGCGUACUUCUUACGAAUUGGAAAUUAUGCUGAAUUAUGAACCGGAAAGUACGAAUACAUGGGAUCCUGGUGAAAGACAAACUUUAGACAGACUGAAACUAGCUUUGAAGUAUAAACAAAAGAAUUUUGUGGCACAUCCAAGUGUACAGCAACUCUUAGCAGCAAUUUGGUAUGAAGGGUUGCCUGGUUUUCGGCGCAAGUCGUUGAUUGGACAAGUUCUACAGGUUGCCAAACUCGGCGGCAUGUUUCCGGUGUAUUGCACGAUUUAUAUGAUGGCGCCCGAUUCGGAAAUGGGAAAAUUUAUGAAGAAACCCUUUGUUAAAUUCAUUUGUCAUUCAAGUUCUUACGCAUUCUUUCUUAUGCUUUUGGGUGCUGCUUCACAACGCGUUGAAAUAAUUGCUCUGGAAUGGUUUGGUAAUCAAUGGAUGCAGGAAAUUGUCGCUGAGUGGAAGCGAAAAGAACGUGGAGCCGGUCCUGGAUUAGCUGAAUGUGGAGUAAUACUUUACAUGAUAAGUUUAAUUUGGGGUGAAAUUCGGUCACUCUGGAACGAUGGCCUUCUCGAAUACAUUUCGGAUUUGUGGAAUGUGGUCGAUUUUAUCACCAAUAUGUUUUACGUUCUUUGGCUUGCAAUGAGAUGUUCAUCGUUUUAUAUUGUUUGGAGAGAAGCAAGUCAAGGAAGAGAUCCUUGGUAUCCUAGGGAACAAUGGCAUAUGUUUGAUCCUAUGUUGUUAUCGGAAGGUGCUUUUGCUGCUGGGAUGAUUUUUAGUUUCUUGAAACUUGUCCACAUCUUCAGCAUUAACCCUCAUAUGGGUCCACUGCAAAUUUCCCUCGGACGAAUGAUCAUCGACAUUGUAAAAUUCUUCUUUAUUUAUACUCUCGUACUCUUUGCAUUUGGUUGUGGCCUAAAUCAACUUCUUUGGUAUUAUGCUGAACUUGAAAAACACAAGUGUUACCAUUUGCCUUCAGGACUUCCGGAUUUUGAUAACAAUGACAAGGCUUGUACAAUAUGGCGUCGAUAUGCAAAUCUGUUUGAAACAUCUCAAAGUUUAUUCUGGGCGUCUUUUGGAUUGGUUGAUCUCGUUUCGUUUGAAUUAAGUGGAAUUAAAGGCUUUACAAGAUUCUGGGCACUAUUGAUGUUUGGAAGCUAUUCAGUAAUCAACGUUAUCGUUCUCCUCAACAUGCUAAUUGCUAUGAUGUCAAAUUCAUAUCAAAUUAUAUCUGAACGUUCUGACACUGAAUGGAAAUUUGCAAGAAGUAAACUAUGGAUUUCAUACUUUGACGAUGGAGAUACCCUACCGCCGCCAUUUAAUAUCUUUCCUACUGCUAAACAAUUACUUAGACCUAUUGGAUUGCUUAAAAAACCAAGAAGAUCACAUUCACUUAAGAGGAAAACAAGGGAAUUAGCAAUGAAUCGUCAUUUACGAGUGAUGCGUCUUUUAGUCCGUCGUUACGUAACAGCCGAACAGCGUAAACGUGAUGAUUUCGGCAUCACCGAGGACGACGUAAUGGAGAUACGUCAAGAUAUCUCAACACUUCGUUAUGAACUCAUCGAUAUUCUGCGUAAUAACGGCAUGAAAACACCUCAAGUUUCAUCUGAUCCUGGCGCUUUGUCUGGUAAAAAAGGAAAAGUAAUGGAGCGUCGACUCCUGAAAGAUUUUCAUAUUGGAAUAGUGGAAGCAGCUGUAACCGAAGCUGUCACUAAUCUGAAAGAACCUAAGGAUAUUUUUGGUACAUUGGCGCGAGUAAUUGGUAAGCGUACAAGUGGUAAAGCAUCUAAGAAAGAUUGGAAUGCAUUGGUGCGGAAGAAUACGACGCAUCGUGAUCCGAUUGGAUCAACACAAGAAGCAGAAGCUACAAGGGCAAAUCGUCAAAGUUUAAGAAGACAUAUUCUUACAACUAUACAUAAACCAGUUGAAAUGGACCAAGAGAAACUUAUUGAAUACAAUCCAAAGUUGGUGGAGGUACCAAAGACAGCACGGGUUGCCUAUGCUAAGUUCAUGACAAAGAAGAUUCAAUCAGACUUUUCGAUUGAGAAUGAAAUUGACAGAAAUGAAGAAGCAGAAGAAGAAAAUGGAAAAGUUGCAAGGAAAAGCAUGAAAGGUCCUGCGCCUAAACCAUCAGUUAAAUUCACAGGUGAAGACAUAGCUAGCACGACUGGAACAAUCGGCGGCAGUGCUGGAGGUGGCGCUCCUCAACCGACAGGAUCGACGACGCGGCGCGUCGAUACUGAAUCUAAAAUUACCGCCGGCAGCAGCAGCAGUAAAUCAGCUACACCCGCAGGAUCAACCAAAGAGAAGUCAUCCGUGUUGAAAACCGUUACAUCUAUCAAAAAAGACAAGGAAAUCAUCAUGGACGCCCCGAUAAAUGAUGCAAAAGAGGCGAUGAAAGCUGCAAUGACUCCUACGACAUCAAUGGAAGAGAAAAAGGAAGAGAAACAGGAUGCAACCAAAGAUACAAACAUGGCGGGUGAUACAAAAGAUGAUAAAAAUAUAAAACAACCAGAAUCAGUGAAAAGUUCAGGAAAAACAACGGAUACUGAUAAAGAAACACCGAAAGAUCCUGAAAAAGUUGAUGAUAAAGAUGAUAAAAACAAAAAAGACGAUACAACUGAAAAAUCCGAAGAAAAGUCAGAAACUAAGUCAGAGGUCAAACCCAAGGACGAAUCUAGUACCUCUUCAACACUACAAGUCGAAGAAAAAUGUGUUCCUACAGCUCCUUCUGAAGAUGACCUUUUGACAGAAUGUCAACCAACAGUUUCAAGAGAAGUUCAUGCUCUUGUUGUCCUUGAACCUCCAAGUAUUUCUUCAAGUUAGCGGUGUUAUUAUAAGAUUGACCGGCGUUUAAACCCUCCAAAGCCAUCAUCCCUGGAUUAACUGGACUUGUCCUGCCUCCAAGGUUUAAAUUUUGAUUCAUCAAGCGUCCGAAGCGCAUGAAGUUGUCGUUGCGAUCACGCCCGAAGCGUACAAAGUUACUAUCGGCUUUCUUGUAGAAGUCUGAAGCUGGGGAACGUUUCUUUCGGUUUCUUUCGGCGUUGUUGAUUUUAUUCACACCAGCGGCCAUUUUGUGACUAUCAGACAUUUUGUAUGUGUUUGGUUUGAUAUAAUUUUGUGUUUUCUCGUC